AUGGACGAGAAGGUGCCAUGCUCCAUUUGCUUCGAGGAAUGCACCCCGUUGUCCAUGCCCUGCUGCGGCAAAGAGAAGUCGACGAUUCACUACUGUCUGCCAUGCAUCGAGGUGGUCUGCCGUCUGGGCGACGGCUUGGGCCGAUGUCCCACCUGCCGGCAGUGCAUCAAAGCAGACGAUGGCAGAGUCAUCGUGGCAGAGGAGACAGGCCACUGCGCGACGUGCCGCCAAGCGGCGAGGCUGGUGGAGGGCGGGCAGUGCGAGGCCUGCCUCCUGGGCAGCCGCUUCUGCUUCAGCUACGAGUGCAGCCGCUGUCGCCAGGUGCAGCGCAUCCCGCACCCCAUGUGGCGGUACCAGGGCUCGCCCAUAGAGUUUGGGACCAGCACCUGGGCUUGCCACCAGCAGUGUGGGGACUUCACUCACUGGCGCAUCCUCGCGGAGGACGCGGCCCGGGUGCCGGACAUGGAGUGCCCGGAGGGCUGGGGGCGCAGGGAGCACUGGAUGCAGGAGGUGCGGAACCAUCGGCAUCCCCACCACCAGCGGGGGGGCGACUGCAGCAUUUGCUGA